CAGCAGCUCGAUGCCUGUCCUCUCCCUCGAUUCCGAACGCACAGGGGAAGUGAGAGCAGAGGGUAAGGAAAAGAAGAGAUGGUGGUAGGAUUCGACGGCAGGGGGCUGGGCCGCAUACUCGCGGCGCUGGCGGCGGCGUUCUUCUUCCGGGCUAUAUCCGGUGCCGGACCCGCCCUCCCGCUGCCAGGGGAGGAGGAGGAUGACGAGGGGCAGCAGCCGGCCGGCGACGAGGAGGCUCCGGUCUCCGCCGAGGUCCUUCCGGUCACCAUCCGGUGGAGCGGCAUCACCUGCACUCUCUCCGAUAAGCGUGGCAGACGGACAAGGUUUCUGCUAUCAAAUGUGUGUGGGGAGGCGAAACCCGGAAGAUUGCUUGCGAUCAUGGGCCCGUCAGGUUCGGGGAAGACCACUUUGCUUAAUGUACUGGCAGGGCAGCUCAUGGCUUCUCCCCGGUUGCACUUAUCGGGACACUUGGAUAUUAACGGAUUGCCAAUGCCAAGCGAAGGUUAUAAGGUUGCCUAUUUGAGGCAGGAGGACCUUUUCUUCUCACAACUUACAGUACGAGAAACGCUGUUACUGGCUGCUGAACUUCAGCUUCCUCAGACAUGGUUAGCAGAGAAGAAGGAUAAGUAUGUCAGCAGCAUCUUGUUCCGAUUGGGCUUGGUCAAUUGUGCUGAUUCUAUCGUUGGUGAUGCCAAAGUCCGUGGAAUCAGUGGUGGUGAAAAGAAGCGCCUUGCACUUGCUUGCGAACUGAUUGCUAGUCCAUCUGUCAUAUUUGCAGAUGAACCAACAACUGGUCUUGAUGCAUUCCAGGCAGAGAAGGUUAUGGAAACACUUCGACAGCUUGCAGAGGAUGGCCAUACUGUUAUUUGCUCAAUACACCAACCAAGAGGCUCGGUUUAUAGCAAAUUCGAUGACAUUGUGUUGUUAUCAGAGGGGGCACUUGUAUACAUGGGUCCUGCGAAGGAUGAACCAUUGACAUACUUUGCUAAAUUCGGGUACCAAUGUCCUGAUCAUGUGAACCCUGCUGAAUUUCUGGCUGAUCUGAUUUCAGUUGAUUAUAGUUCAGCUGAAAGUGUGCAUUCAUCUCAGCAAAGAAUUGAUGAUCUGAUUGAAGCUUUCUCAAAAAGCAGUUUCAUGAUUCAGUGCACAAUUCCAAUUAUGCAGUUGGAUGACUCCAAGGUUUCCGCAAAAUUUGGCAAGAAAACCAUGGUAAAGAGGAGAAGUGGUUGGUGGAGGCAGUUCCAGUUGCUCCUUAAGCGAGCAUGGAUGCAGGCUUCUCGUGAUGGUCCAACAAACAAAGUUAGGGCAAGAAUGUCAAUUGCAUCAGCUAUCAUAUUUGGAUCUGUUUUUUGGCGAAUGGGAAGAACUCAAACAUCAAUACAAGAUAGGAUGGGACUUCUUCAAGUGGCUGCAAUUAACACAGCAAUGGCAGCUCUAACUAAAACAGUAGGUGUAUUUCCAAAGGAGCGUGCCAUUGUUGAUCGAGAACGUGCCAAAGAUUCCUAUGCAUUGGGUCCUUAUCUUUUGUCCAAAUUGCUAGCUGAAAUCCCAAUAGGAGCAGCAUUCCCCUUGAUGUUUGGAACAAUUUUAUAUCCAAUGGCUCGUCUCCAUCCUACUCUUACCAGGUUUGCAAGGUUUUGUGGCAUUGUGACGAUGGAGUCCUUUGCUGCUUCUGCAAUGGGUCUGACAGUUGGGGCUAUGGUUCCUUCAACUGAAGCAGCAAUGGCUGUGGGGCCAUCCCUGAUGACUGUGUUCAUUGUUUUUGGUGGUUAUUAUGUUAAUGCUGAGAAUACGCCUCUGGUCUUCCGUUGGAUCCCUCGAGUCUCUCUGAUAAGAUGGGCCUUCCAGGGGCUUUGCAUUAACGAAUUCAGUGGCCUUCAAUUUGAACAACAACAUUCGUAUGAUAUCCAAACUGGAGAACAGGCUUUGGAGAGGCUUUCCUUUGGAGGCAGUCGAGUGAGGGAUACCAUUGUUGCGCAGGCCAGAAUACUGAUGUUCUGGUACUGGACCACUUACUUUCUGCUUAAGAAGAACAAACCAAAAUAUCAACAGCUUGUGUUGCCUGAUUCGUCGCAUUAACAACAGGUAUAGAUAGGUCAGUGCGAUCAGGAAUCGCAACAAGUACUUACAACUUGGUCUAAUGUUAGUGGAUUUGGUUCUACCAAAUUCAUUUCCUGCUGAAUUCCCCUAGUAUCAGAAACUCUGAAACUCUCUGUGAGCAGUAGGCUUUUCUUUUUUCUUGCCUGACUUCAGAAUCUGGCAUGGGUAGUAAUUGUUGUAUCAAGUUCUUUAAGAAAAUGCAUGUGGAAGCAAGUGAGACUCAAUAUUUCCACAUCAAGUACUGAUUCUUUUACCUA